AUGGCCAGACGAGAUUUGACGUUUAAUACCCCAAAUGGGGCACAGGAUGAAGAAUCAGGGGUCGAGAACCCGUUUGUAUCGUCUGUUGACGAAGAAAGUUCUUCAUUUGGCCUGAACCAUCAAUCAUCGUCCAGUCAGCUGGAUGAUUAUAAUCGGAUGAAUAAUCAUAUGAAUGAGCAGAAUUACGGAGAAGCAUUUAAUGUUUAUAAUGGGUAUUACUCUCGAACCGGAACCACAACAAACUUAAUGUCCAAUGAGACACUGCGUGGUGCUGGACAGGGUAAUAAUAAUUCACCAGGAGUUUCUAACUUGGGGGUACCACGAAACAUACAACUGCCAAUAGAGUUCGACAGAUAUCCUUCCAACUUUAGUAGUUGUAAUAACAUCAACAGCUUAAUCAACUCUAAACAUGACGAAAACGAUUUGCCGGUGUCAAAAAAAUCUUCGAGCCCUUUUUUACCUGGGAAUGAUUUCAGUCCAUUUGGUGGAUACCCUGCUUCAUCAUUUCCUUUACAUAUAGAUGAAAAAGAAGCAGAUGAUUAUUUACACAACCCGGAUCCUAUCAAAGAUGCGGAUUAUGACAAAAACAGGUUUAUUCAUGACUUGAAGAACAUGGACAGAAGAUCGUUGGGUGGAUUGAUAGGAGUCAUAUUUUUAGUGGUAGCUGCAGUUGCGGUGUUUAUCUUGCUACCCGUAUUAACAUAUUCUGGUGUUACCGAUCCAUAUACGCCAGAGAGUUACGAGAUAUUAACUUCAUAUAGAUAUCCUCUAUUGAGUGCUAUCAGGACCGAUUUGGUUGACCCAGAUACUCCUGAAGAUGCAUUAACUAAAAAGACUUCUAAGGGUGAAACGUGGAAGUUGGUCUUUUCCGAUGAAUUUAAUGCAGAAGGCAGAACCUUCUACGAAGGUGACGAUCAGUUUUUCCAAGCUGCAGACCUUUGGUACGGUGGUACUAUCGACUUGGAAUACUAUGAUCCUGAUGCUGUAACUACUGCCAAUGGUACUUUGAACUUGAGAAUGGACGCAUAUAAAAAUCACGAUUUGUUUUACAGAUCUGGUAUGGUUCAAAGUUGGAAUAAAAUGUGUUUCACCCAAGGUUUCCUAGAAUUUUCUGCGCGAUUGCCUGGUUAUGGUAAUGUAUCAGGGUUGUGGCCCGGUUUAUGGUCCAUGGGAAAUUUAGGUCGCCCUGGAUACAUGGCCAGUACUGAAGGAUUGUGGCCAUAUACAUAUGACUCGUGUGAUGCCGGUAUCACAGCAAACCAAUCAUCUCCUGAUGGUAUUUCGUACUUACCAGGUCAAAGAUUGAACAAAUGUACCUGUUCUGGUGAAGACCACCCUAAUCCCGGUAAAGGAAGAGGUGCACCGGAAUAUGAUGUUCUUGAAGGUGAAAUUGACCCAGAUACCUUAGUACCUGUGGCAUCACAAUCUAUGCAAAUUGCUCCGUUUGAUAUAUGGUAUUAUCCUGAUUACAACUUUAUAUCGAUUUACGACAAAUUGGUAACCACGAUGAAUACGUAUACCGGUGGUCCAUUACAGCAAGCGAUUUCUGGUACAACAACCUUGAACCACUCGUGGUAUUCUGAAGGGGUUGGGCAAAAUUUCCAGACAUACGGUUAUGAAUAUUUAAAUGAUGAUGAUGAUGGAUAUUUGACAUGGUACGUUGGUACUGAUCCAACCGUCACUGUACAAGCAGCAGCUUUAGGUCCUAAUGGAAACAUUGGUCGCAGAUUGAUGUCCAAGGAACCAAUGUCUAUGGUGAUGAAUUUUGGUAUUUCCAACAACUGGGCCUAUAUCGACUGGAACUCGUUGAAAUUUCCUAUUACAAUGAGUAUUGAUCAUGUCCGAUUAUACCAGCCUGAAGACGCUAUUAAUUUAACCUGUGACCCUGACGACUACCCAACGUAUGAUUAUAUUCAAGCACAUCCCAAGGCUUAUCAGAAUAACAACCUUACCUCGUGGGAAGAAACUGAAUAUAGUUUUCCCAAAAAUUCUUUAGUCCAUGGUUGCUGA